UAAAAUGCUGGAACUAAUCCGAGAGCCAUACCCAAUAACUAAAAGGAAUAAAUUCGUUUUAAAAUCAAAUUGAUUGAAUUUUAUAUACGGCAACUAUUAAAAACAAUCUAUUCAGAAAUAAAAGAAUUAAUUCCCUAAAAAAUAGAUACAAAUGAAUUAAAAGGAAAAAAUAUAUAUAAAAAUAAAGACAUAAGCUCUCUUACAGACAAAAUGCCAAAACUUUCUCUAAAAAAACUCCUAAAUUUACUCCAAAACGUUCAUUUCAACCCAACACUAAUACAUUCCCCUAUUUUCCUUACCAUGUUCUCUUUCCUUCAUUUAAUUUCUUCUCAAUUCUCAUCCCAUUCUUCACCCAACAAAUCUCACAAUGCCACCCCAAGCUCUCCAUUCUGGUUUCGUGCUCGACCAAACCGCAGCUUUCACCAUCAACUCUAAAAUGCCAAAACGAGAAGAGAAAAACACCAAAGCCAAGACCACGAAAGCCCUUCGAUCCCUCUUCAUAGCGGUUUCGGUGCCUCUCUCAUUGACCACGACCAUCAUCUUCUUAUUCGGGUCGGGCCACCGGUACCGGGCCGUGGCAAAGCCCUUUUGGUUCCCACCAAUGUGGUUCAUACACCUCGCAGCGUUGGGCUCAUCCUCCUUGAUGGGCUUUGCGGCCUGGCUGUUUUGGGCCGACGGUGGGUUCCACGCCCAGCCCGAUGCACUCCCUCUUUACAUUGCUCAAGUUUUUCUCGGCCUCGUUUGGGACCCUCUUGUGCUUGUGAUGGGCGCAACUAGGCUUGGAUUGAUUUUUGGUCUGAUACAGUUUGGGACUCUCUUUGCUUGUUACCGUACAUUCCGACGGGUCAACCCAUUUGCUAAAGAUCUUGCUAAGCCUUGUUUGGCCUGGGCGGCUUAUCUCACACUAGUUAAUUUUAAACUCAUUUAUCUUUGAGUUUGUGUGCGUGAGUUUUUCUUUUCUGUUUUUAUAUGUUUAUUUGUAGGUUUUUUUAUUUUCACCUUUUUUAUAUUGGUUCUAGGAUUGUAUGGGAGCAUGAGGAACAUUAGCUCAUUUUGGUUGAAAUUUUGAAAUUAGUACUUGAAUAAUAAUUAUGAUA